AUGAAAUUAAGUUUAAAUGACGCCAGAAAACCUUUUAUUGUCCUAAAAUGUUCAAAACUACGUGCAAAUUGUGUCUCUUCAAAUGCGAUCCUGACGACGACGACGAUUUAUGUGAAAACAUCGAGGAAUUACGAAAAAUCGUAAAGGAUAUUUUCCAUUCUAAGAUUGACCUCUCAUUCGACGAUCAUUGGGCAGUUUGUCGUCCCUGCAACGAGAAAUUACACACUUUUUACGAGUAUUAUGUGUUCGUGUUGGAAAAUCAGAAGCAACAAAGACUUCUUUUGGCUGAAAAAAGUCCGAAACCGGAUGCCGUCUUUGUUGAAUCGAAGGACGAGAUAAAAUGUGAGCCCGAUAUUUGUCGAGAAAUGCAAAAUUCGGAAGAAAGUGACGUCGAAGCAAGUUUUCAAGUCAAAAAGAAAAAAGUUAAGAAGACAUUUCGACCAAAAAAGACAAAAAAUGAGCCAUUAACGCCGUCUCAAGAGGAAAAAGAAGACAUUUUGAUACAAAAAUAUUUCAGUUUCAACUGUGAUCAAUGCCCGGAAGCUCCUUCUCCGCAUUUUACGAGUUACCGGGACUUCAAAAAACACAUGAACGAACGUCACAAAGUCAAACAUCGCUUCAUUUGCUGCGACAUGGAGUUCUCAACCCGCAAAACGAUCAUCCGUCAUUGUCAAGAUCACGAAAAUCCCAUUUCGUGUACGCAAUGUUCCUUCAUAGCUCUUAAUAAAAUCAAAUUUUUACAACAUAUGGCAGAUGCACAUGAUGUAAAACUGAAAAUGCCGGUGAAAAAACACGACGUUGCCCUUUACACGUGCAACGAAUGCGGCAAACAACUCAUUGGCAAACACAAAAUCAAAGGACAUUUGCUUCAAGUGCAUUUUCACAACGUUCACAUUUGCGAAACGUGCGCCGUGGUCUACAAAACACACAAUUCGCUGCAAAAUCACAUAAAAAGAGAACAUUUGGGCAUCAAAGAACCUCGUCGCCAGUGUCCUCAAUGCGGAAAUUGGGUGCAGGAGUCUUCGUUGCCGACACACAUCAAAAAUCAUCAAGUUGAACGGAUAAAAUUGUCGUGCAAGAUUUGCAACAAAGAGUUUAUGGGCAAGAAAAAUCUGCAGAGGCACGUGCGGGAGAAACAUACGGAACGAGCUUUCAAGUUUCGAUGCAGUUAUUGUUCGAAAAGUUUUUCGCAGGAGAAGAAAAUGAACGAACAUGUCGCAACGCAUACCGGAAUCCCGUUGUACGAGUGUGAAUUUUGUGCUGCGGUGUUUAAUUCUUGCGGCAAUUUUGCCGCUCAUAAGAGAAAACUUCAUCCUGUGGAAUAUGAACAGCAAAAGUUGAUGAAUAAGCUCUCAACCUAAGCUUCUCUUUUGAUGUUUUAAGACGUCUAUGAAAUCGAAAACAUUUUCAAAUAAUCUUAUCAGCCUCCGACAAAAAAAACGAAUUUAUCAUUCUGAAUUAUUAUUUUGUAUUUGUGUAUUAAAUAUUAUCAA